CUCAGCCUGAGAGGGUGUAGUGCGGGGGCGGACUGGGCUGGGCUUGGGCAGAGGUGUGAGAACAAGCGGUGGCGCUCCUGAGAGACAAGCCAGGUGAACCUCCAGGAUGCCUGAGGACCCUACCAAUAAGGAAGCAGAGCCUUGCUCAGACCAUCCGUCCCGGGCUGUGCCCUGUGUUAGCUCUGACCAUGUCCUGCAGACACUCAAUGUGUCCCAGCUCCGAGGUACCCUCACGGAUGUGGUCUUGCGGGCUGGCAACUGUGACUUUCCUUGUCACCGGGCAGCCUUGUCCGCUGGUAGCACCUACUUCCGGGCCCUAUUUGCUGGUGGUGGGCCCCAGGAGGACGUGAUUCCCCUACCUCAAGCCUCCCCAGGAGUUCUGGGCCUGCUCCUGGACCACCUCUAUGGGGCUGGCGUGAGCCUGCCAGAGGAGGAUGCAGCUGCUCUGCUGGCCCUGUCUGACCUGCUGGGGGUGAUUCCACUUCGGGAGGCCUGUGCCAACUUCCUGGAGGGCCGGCUUGGACCAGAGAAUUGCCUGGCUUUCCUCAAGCUGGCUCAGACCUUCUCCCUGCCCUCCCUGGCAGAGGGGAGCCACCGGGUGCUAUGCCAGGCAUUUCCAGAAGUCUCUUUCCAGCCCGAGUUCCUGGAGCUGGAGCUGGCCCAGGUGGCUGAGCUGCUGGCUGAUGAGAGCCUUGCGGUUGCUAGAGAGGAGACUGUGUUUGAGGCUGCCAUGCGCUGGGUGCACCAUGACCCUCCUGCCAGACACGGACAGCUGCCAUGUCUAUUAGAGCAGGUCCGGCUUCCCCUACUGGCCCCAGCCUACUUCCUGGAGAAGGUGGAGGCUGAUGAGAUGAUUCAGGCCAGCCGUGAGUGCCACCCACUUCUGCUGGAGGCCCGCCAAUGCUUCAUCCUCGGGAGGGAGGGCAGCUCAUGGAAGGCAACCCCCAGGAGGUUUAUGGAUCUGGCUGAAGUGAUCAUGGUGGUUGGUGGCUGUGACAGGACAGGUCUCCUGACACUCCCCUUCGCCGGUGCCUAUCAUCCCUGGAGCCGCCAGUGGAAGACGCUGCCUAGUGUGCCCGGCUGCACCAAAUCCGAGUUUGCCAUGUGCACCAUGAAGAACGAUGUCUACCUCUCAGGUGGCCACAUCCACAGCCGGGACCUCUGGAUGUUCCGAUCCCAGCUGCAGACUUGGAUCAGGGCAGCCUCCCUGAAUGAGGGCAGGUGGAGGCACAAGAUGGCUGUCCUGCAAGGGCGGCUCUAUGCCGUGGGAGGCUUUGAUGGCGUACGCCGCCUGGGGAGCGUGGAGUGCUAUGACCCCUUCUCCAACACCUGGGCCCGGGUAGCCCCGCUCCUGGAGGCUGUGAGCUCGGCAGCUGUGGUGCCCUGCGGCAAGAAGCUCUAUGUGAUCGGAGGUGCUGUGGACGACAGCGCCAACACGGACAGGGUACAGUGCUUUGAUCCCGGAGAGGACAAGUGGAGCCUCCUUUCUCCAGCCCCCUUCACCCAGAGAUGCAUUGAAGCUGUGGCCCUGGAUGACAUCAUCUACGUGGUGGGGGGUCUUCUGAGCAAGAUCUUCAGCUAUGAUCCACGCAGAGAUCUCUGGGCAGAAGCAGCUUCACUCCCUGGGCCCCUGGAGAGCUGUGGAGUGACCGUUUGUGGCAGGAGAAUCUAUGUCCUUGGUGGUCGGGACUCAAGAGGAGAAGGCACAGAUAAGACCUUCGCCUUUGACCCACUGAGUGGGCGUUUGGAAAACCAACAGCCCCUGCAGCGAUGCACCAGUGCCCAUGGCUGCGUCACCAUCCUUCAGCACCUGGGCCAGGGACAGACCUGCCCCAAAGGGCAGGGUAGGCCCAGCUGAGCCCAGAGCUUCGGGAUAGACACCUGGCUGCAAAGCAACAAGACUAAGGCCACCAGGCCUCCUGCCUCUACUCCUGGGAGGUCUCUUUGUACAAAAAUCCAAGUAACUUAUUUUUCCCUUUUCUUACAGGAAUAAGAACUGAUUUUAGUUUCACCCAUUUAAGCUGGCAAAUGUAUUAUUUCUGACUGCAAACAGACCCUGUAGGAUUUCACUCCUCACCUCCAAGAAAAGAGCCUUCAUUCCUUAACUUUACAUGGUGCUUUAACGUUUAUUCUAAAGCACUAUAAAUGUUUGAGCUGUUGUUAUUACAAAAUGUUUCACAGUUUUGAAAAGGCUCUCCCAUCUGUUUCUUAGGGCAUCUUUUCUGAACUUCUUUUCUCUGAUCUCACUCCCUAGUAUAUUUUAAUUGUCAGGGUUCAGAGCUGGAAGGGACCUAGAGAUCAUCUUGGCCAACCUUUAUUCUAAAUGAGGAAACUGAGGCCCAGAAAAAAUAAGUCAGUUGCCUGAGCAAAAUGGUAGAACUAACUAAAAGUCAGGUUUUCUCAGUCACUAAACUCAGAGCUAGACCACAAUUCAGGAAACAUCCAUGAAUCUUUUAUGUUCAAAAAACUAGAGGAGAUUUUUUUAAAAAAAGACAAAUAAGUAUAUUUUAAAAAUUAUUUUAGUUUUCAACAUU